UAAUACCUUGAUACUAAAAAAGGACCUGUUUUUAAAUAAUCUAAAGCUAUAGCUCUGGAGUCCUGAGACUCGGGUCUUUAUCCAGGUCAGGAUCUCCGUGAAUCCGGAGGCUAUCCCGGGAAUGCUGGAUGUGUAGCAGGAAGGAAGAUGAGUACAGUUUCACACAAAAUAUUUUUUCUGUAUGCAUAUGUUUGAUUUGACCAGUUACUGAAUCUCUUGACCCGGAUCUGUAUGAUUUCAUGCAUUGUGCUGCUGUGUCCAGUAAGUGCAAUCUUUAUUAUUAUUAUUUUUAUUUUAGCAAUAUGAAAUUCUGGUAUGCAGGUAAUCUGUGUUUUCAUUAAUCAACAUUUGGAUCAAUUUUCAAGACUAAAUCUUGCUGGAUUAACACUCUGACGUCAUCUAAUUUCCCAUGUACAGCAAACGUCGUUUUUCAAUAAACUUUUUUUUUUUUUGUCGUAUAUAUAUUAAGUAACAUCUCAUUUUUUCCUCUCAUCUCUUUUUUGGUGUUUAAGAAGAUAAUUGUCACACAUUUACAUCUGUCACACAUUUACAGCGCAAAUCGUUUUCCUCUACACGAACCGAAUCUGUUUUCUCUUUCAGGACUCGACUUCAACACUUUAGAGUCGACUCUGUCCACUCGAAUCAGAGAUUCGACUCUUCAAAGAAUCGGCUCUUGUUGCGAAGCAACGGAACAUGAACAAACUAAAAAAAAAAACACAAAACCCAGCAUGGCUACAGAUACGGAAAAACUCUUACACCUUACUAAACGCGUUUUUAUCAAUAAUGUGGACAAAUAUACCUCAAAAUAUAUCGCAGAGUUUUUAUCCUCGUGGGUUGCCGGAGCGUCCCGUGUCACUGAUCAGUUCGAGGAUGAGGACGAAACCGAGUCUUUCCCCAACACCACUUUCGAGAUUGUUGGAACAGUUUCGGGCAAAAACAAAGAGAAAUCCAGUGUUGCGGUCGAAGAGUAUAGCUGCUUAACACGUGAAGAGCUUUUCCGUCACCUGAUGGAGUCGGAUGUCAUCGUUUAUAACAUUUACAACGAGAACGCCGAUCAGAUUGAAGAAGCCUCUUGGGCUGUCUCAGCUCUUCACAAGGAAAUUGAUGCAUUUCCUGGACCAAAGAUGUUCAUCUUGAUCUCCUCACUCAUGACAUGGGCUCUGACUCAGACACUCGAUCCAAACGAUCCAGAGAUUCCAUUUACCGAAGAGGACUACAGGAGACGGAAAGCGCAUCCCAGCUUUAAAGAUCAUAUGGCUGUGGAGAAGCUUGUGGUUAAACUGGGAAAAUCUAAUCAGUCCCAGUUCUCGACCUACGUGCUUGCGUCUGGACUGCAGUAUGGAAUGGGCGAGCAAGCGUUUCAUUUCUUUUUCAAGACAUCGUGGUUGGGAGAGGAACCGGAAGUGCCUAUCUUCGGAGACGGCUCUAAUAUCAUUCCAGCUGUUCACAUCAGUGACCUGGCAGGGAUUGUGCAGAACGUAAUGGAGCGUAAGCCGAAGCCGCAGUACUUCCUUGCAGUGGAUGAAUCACAGAACACCGUUGCUGACAUUAUCAGUGCAAUAGCGUCGGCACUCGGACCGGGAAAAACCCGAAACGUUCCGAAAGAGGACUUAUUUCUCACAGAGGAACUGACACAAGCAGAAAUUGACCAUUUGUUCAUCAACCUCCGAAUGGAAGCCAUUUUCUUCACAGACCAUUUCAGAAUCAACUGGGUUUCCAAGAAAGGCAUUGUUGACAACAUCGACCGAGUCGUGGAGGAAUACAAGCUCACACGAGGCCUGCUGCCUGUUCGCAUCUGUCUCCUUGGACCUCCUGCUGUCGGGAAAAGCACCAUCACUGAAAAGAUAUGCAAGCACUACAAACUGCACCAUGUCAAACUCAAAGAGACCAUCACUGAGACUCUCGCUAACCUGGAGUCACGCGUCCGGAUGGAAGAAAACAACGAGGACGACGAAUCGCAGGAGCUUUUGGAGACUCUGAAGAAGAACAUGGAAGAAAACGGAGUCCGGUUGGACGACCUGUAUGUUAUCCAAAUCCUGAAGGACAAGCUAAAGACUAAACCGUGUAGAAAUCAAGGAUUCGUCCUGGACGGCUUUCCGAAGACAUACGAGCAAGCUAAAGAGCUGUUUUAUGUGGAAGAUAACGAUGCUACAGACGAGCAGACGAAUGUCAGCAUCAUCCCAGACUUUGUGUUCUCUCUGGAUGCCACCGACGAGUUCCUGAAGGAACGUGUCCUGAACCUGCCUGAGAGCAUGGUGCAGGGAACCUCACACUCCUUCGAAAGGUUUCUUCCACGACUCACCGCGUUCAGAAAAAACGAUUCAAAGGAUGAAAUCGUGCUAAACUACUUCGAUGAGCUGGAGAUUCACCUUGAGCAUAUAGAGAUCGACCCUGAAGAUGCAGAGAACGUUCUGGUGAUGGAGAAGGUGAUGGCGAUUGUGGGGAAGGUCAGGAACUAUGGUCCCAACGCGAAGUAUUUGGAGGAGGAGCGGAGGCAGGUGGAGAUCAGGUUGAGGGAGGAAGAGGAGGCACGCCAGGCCGAAGCCAAGCUCAGGGAGGAAGAAGAGGAGGAGCAGAGGGCACAGUGCUGGGAGGAAUGGAACCGGCGCCUACAAGAGGUGAAGCAGCAGGAAGAGGAACUGCUGAUGAGUGAAGAAGAAUCUGCCAGGCAGUAUCUGAUGUACGCUGUGAUGCCCGUUCUGUCUCGAGGCCUGAACGAGCUCUGCAGAAUCCGUCCAAAUGAUGCAAUAGACUUCCUGGCUGAAUAUCUCCUCAGCAACAACCCAGAAAUGGACUAAAGAUUAUUGUGGAAUUAAGAGAAAUAAAACUCUACACCACGUGACGAUGUAGGAAUUAAGCCGCUUCAGGCUGCCGACAGUUACUCCGCUUGACACUGGGCCGCUCCUCUUCGACCUCAUCAUCGAUUAUUUUCCUAUAACACACGCCCCAUUGUGCUCCAACAUGAGCAUGUUCAGUGCAGUCCCCGAAAAACCGACUGGAAACUUUCUCGUCUCUGACCUCGCUGUUUGUGUACCUGUCCAUUUAAAAGCCUCCGCAAGCUAGAAUAAAAGCCAGCUGCUAAUUAAAAGUUCAUUAACGAUAAUGUAUUUGGGAGCGCUUGAUAACUAGAAAAGUAGACAUGGCGUGGUUAAUUGCUUUGACUUGCUGUACACUUUCAAAGGAUCGAUGUAACAAAUGGCGUAUAAUGAAAUAUUUUCACACACCAUUCGGAGAGCAGAAAAUUAAUUACCGUCGCCGAAAACAGAAAAUUAUUCCGUUCCCGCAAACAUUCAUUCAAUUCAUUGUUUCAGGAAGUGAAAUUCUUACAGCGCUGGGACGUGCUAAUAAACCGAAGGCAUUAUUAAGAGUCAGCGCUUUAAUGGACUUUUGUUGUUGUCAGAAAAGCUUUUCAUCAUUUCAAUUUUUUCAUGUUCAUAAUAACAUUACAGGUCUUUAAUGUCCGCUCCGGUUUCCUGUGUAUCAGCAAACGGAAAAUAAACAAGUAACAUCGAGAGUCGA